GCCAGACUGACCGACAUUCAGUGAAUUCCUCUGGCACAAAUAAUAUCGUUUGACAGAAGCUGAUCGUGGCAUAUUUUUUAUUUAUUUAAAUUUAUUUUUGGAUGAAUUAAAAAUUUUAAAGAACGAAAAAAAUGGCUGAUUCUCAGGAUACGGUAAAAUGUAAUGGUGACAUUGAAGUUGUUGAUCCAAAUUGUGUGGCCGAAAAACCAGUGAAAAUUACAUUUCAAGAUAUCACAUCCGCUUCUUAUCUGAUUAAAUCAGGAAUUGAAUACACACCAUGCACGAAAUCUAGAGCAUCGUACAACAACAUGGAUUUAUAUUUGAAAAAAGAUCUCCUCCAAUUUACUGGAAGUUUCAAAGAGCGCGGUGCACGCUAUGCCUUGUUAAAAUUGAGUGAUGAAGAAAGGAAGAAUGGAGUUAUAUCGGCAUCAUUGGGUAAUCAUGCACAAGGUUUGAGUUAUCAUGCUUAUAAAUUGGGUAUUGCAUGCACUGUGGUGAUGCCAGUAACAGCGCCCAUCAUGAAAAUUCAAAAAUGUCGUAAUUUCAAAGCAGAAGUCCUUGUUAAUGGAGCAUCAAUGGCAGAGGCAAAACGUUAUGCAUUAUCAAUAUCAAAAGAGCGUGGACUCACUUACAUAAAUGGAUAUGAUCAUCCCCACAUCAUAUCCGGUCAAGGUACUAUCGGACUGGAGAUAUGUGAACAAGUUCCGUAUCCCGAUGCUGUCGUCAUUCCUGUUGGAGGUGGUGGUUUGAUCGCUGGAGUCGCAACUGCAGUCAAAUCAAUGAGUCCAACAACUAAAAUUAUUGGCGUUGAAUCCGAGAAAUGUCCAAGUUUUUCGAAAGCAUUGGAGCGCGGUCAACCAAUUGGUGUUAAAAUUGAACCAACAUUGGCCGAUGGAUUGGCUGUUCCAAUGGUUGGAUUUAACAGUUUCAAAACGGCUCGUUCAUUGAUAGACAAAAUGAUUGUUGUGAAAGAAGAGUGGAUUGCUUUAGCUAUACUUCGUCUUGUGGAGCAAGAAAAAAUGGUCGUGGAAGGCGCUGGGGCAGCCGGUUUAGCUGCAAUAUUGGCAGGCGAGUUGAACGAAUUCGAAAAUAAAAAAGUUGUGUUGCUUUUGUGUGGUGGAAAUAUUGAUACCACAACAUUUGGGCGAUGUCUAGAACGAGGCCUAGCAUCUGAAGGUCGUCUUCUGAGAUUCAACGUUACAUUGGAUGAUUGUCCGGGUGGCAUAGCACAAUUGUGUAGACUCUUGGCAAAUAUUGGUGUAACGAUUAAAGAUAUAAUGCACGAACGGGCUUGGCUCAAAGAUAUUUACAGCGUUGAGGUUAAAGUAGUAUGCGAAACAAGAGAUUGGGCACAUGCACAAGAACUUCGAAGUGUUUUGCAUGAGAAUUAUCGAUUCGUUGUUUUCAAUGAUACUCCAUUGGCUUUAUCAAGUGAAACAGCAACACCGCAAUAAAAUAAACCUUGAUUUCCUCUGGAAAACAGUAAACAAAAUCAACCAAAUAUAUAUAUGAUAUGUAUAACCGUUGUGCAAUUUACCUUGAAUUAAUUAGUUAAUAAUGCGGAUAGAUAACAAUUCCAAAAGCUGUUACAAAAAAUAAACACCUUUUUUCUCCUUU